UAGUGCAAUAUAUACGUACAUAAAUAUAUUACGUAUUGUGCGUAUAAGUGAAAAAAAUCAGAUAGCCAAGCUUUGAGUUAUUGUUUUACAACAUUAAUCUUAACAAAAUUUUUAUUAUAAUAAUAUUAAUAACAAUAAUAUAAACAACAACAGCAAUAGAAUUUAAUAAUUAAAAUUAUUUAUUCCAACGGAUCACUAGAGUAUGAGUAGGUCUUUAUGGAUCACCAAUAAUUCUGAAUUUAUAUUUGAGAGUAAUAAUACACACUUUGAAGAAAUAUUCUUUAACUGUAAUUAUUUUGAGGGUAUUAACAAAAGGAUAAUUGAUAAUAUAAAAAUAAAAUGCCGCCAAAACAAAGGAAAAUAGCUAUCAUGGGAUACAGAUCUGUUGGUAAAUCAUCGCUGAGUAUACAAUUUGUUGAAGGACAAUUUGUUGAUUCUUAUGAUCCAACUAUUGAAAACACAUUCACUAAAAAUACACGAGUAAAUAGUCAAGAUUAUGAAGUAAAAUUAGUUGAUACAGCUGGUCAAGAUGAGUACAGUAUAUUUCCAACGCAAUAUUCCAUGGACAUUCACGGAUACGUGUUAGUUUACAGUAUAACGAGCGCUAAGAGUUUUGAAAUCGUACAGAUAAUUUACGAUAAAUUGCUAGACAUUACAGGAAAAAAUCAUGUUCCAAUUGUUCUGGUUGGAAAUAAAACGGAUUUAUACGUGGACCGAAUGGUGACCACCGAGCAGGGAAAAAAGUUAGCCGAUUCAUGGCAGGCUAUUUUUUUGGAAACUAGCGCCAAACAAAAUGAAUCUGUUGCCGACAUAUUUCAUACAUUGCUGAUGGAAAUUGAGAAGGCCGACGGCAAUGUUCAAGAAAAAUCAAAUUGUUUAAUAUCAUAAAUAAUAAUUUAAUAAUCAGUUAAUUAAUAAAUUAAUUAUUGAACGAUUAAA